AUGCCAUGCCCUCGGCUGCCAGAAGGCGAUGUGCAGGUUCUGAUCGCCCGUCGACUUUUCGCAGCCUGGUCGCUACUUGGUAACCCGGGCAAAGACCGGGCGGGUAUAAUUUUCGAUGAUGUCAAUACCAUGUUGGAUAGGCUCAAAGUGUCAUCACCGGAUCUAUCGCUGCACGAAGUGCUGCUACUCCCCGAGCCAUUGCUUCGAAUUAUUCCAUGUAUAUUUCAGCGACGAUUAGAGCCCGAUGUUGAUGCCAGCCAGUUUGACAAGCUGUCUAAGGAUGACCUGAUCUUGAAGUUAACGCAGCUUCACUCGUAUGUGGAACGAUUGGAAGCAAAGUCAUGUGAUCGGCCUGAUCAACCAAAGCUGGCGGCAAGCGAUGGCACGUCUGACAUAGUUGGUCAAGAAGAGCGACUUCGCCAACAGCAGCUUGAGGCAUCUAGGCGUGAAAAUGUACUCGUCAUGCGUCUCACGACGAAAGAACAAGAAGUUCAAGAGUAUCUCAGCCAGCUCGAAGAAAUUCGUUCGGGUGUUGGUGCAAGUGUUCGAAAUGUUUUGCUGGACCCCGCUGUGAAUUCCCUUUUUCAAAAAAUGAAACAAGAGCUGAAAGAAUCGAAAGAAAAACUCGAGCAAAGUCAGCAAGAACUCAACGCUUGGAAAUUUACACCGGAUAGACCAUUUUUCGGAGACAAAGCACACUUCUAG